GAGAGAAUGAUAUGAAUGGGAAAGGCACCUCUGUAGGGCUGCCUUGUGUACCUCCUUUCCCCCUAUAAUUGAUCUCGCCAAAAUCCCAUUUUGUGGUAGGCCGGAGCACUCCCAUUCCCAUUCAUCAUUGCCACCGCCACAGAGUCUUGGCUCGUGCACGCGCCUGGGUAGGGUGCGGGAACGCGCAACCAAAGCGCCUCCGAAUGACAGAGUGAGGUGAGGGGCGACCAAACAAGCGAGGACGAUGCAUCUUUUACUUGCCAUUUGCGCCACUUGGCCAACCUCGUUGCGUCGCGAUCGGCAUUGCUGGGAAAACGACACGAGUCCCUCGAUCGAUACUCGUCGAUAAUCGUAGACUACACGGCCCUCUGUGCUUUAGAAGACAAAGAAGCGUCCAACAGAGGUGAUGAGUCUAGUCUCCAGGGCUCCUUAAUCAUUUUUACAGCUGCCGACCCAUUUCGCUUACUUUGGACGGUUGGACAGAUGCGGGAAAGCCACUUUCUUGGGAGAGUAUGACCAACUCGUGUGGAGAGCGUGCGGCUGGAACGAAGUGUACUGACCGUGUCGUUGAAGGCAACCAGCCCGGAUCUGCCGCCCUCAACUACUAGCUUACCACUGCCGUGUCCUCGCCCUGGUGUGUCGUUCCUAUGGAGAGUGCACGCCCACCCAUGUAGGAUGCCUGCCUCAUCCGACACCCUGCGCUCCCUUCUGCCCAUCUCCACCUCCUCCUUUUCCACGCGUGCGCCCGCUCUUGCCAACCAUUCGUUGCGGCCCCCAAGGUCGUGCCUCGCCUCUCUGCAACGUGGCGGAUGAGGCGACCACCAUGAAGGAUGACGUCAUCAAUGCCAACACGUUGGCUUGGCUGGUCUGCUCGGGCGUGUCCAUCUUGGCCAACACAUGGAGCAUCCUCAGCGUCAGCGCCAAGCAGAAGAAGUGGAAGCCGUUGGAGUUCCUUAUCUGCACACUGGCAGGAACACACAUCCUCAAUAUGGCCAUCCCCAUCACAAUGUACUGCGUCAUUACGCUGCGCCGUCAACACUCCAACUACGAGUGGAAUGAAGGCUUGUGCAAAGUUUUUGUAUCAACUUUCUACACUCUCACAUUGGUCACCUGCUUUUCUGUUACAUCACUCUCUUACCACCGCAUGUGGAUGGUACGCUGGCCUGUCAACUACAGGCUGAGCAACACCAAGAAGCAGGCGGUGCACACAGUGAUGGGGAUCUGGAUGGUCUCUUUCAUCCUGUCCACGCUUCCAGCGGUGGGCUGGCACGACACCAUUGACCGCUUCUACACCUCCGACUGCCGAUUCAUUGUGACAGAGAUCGGCCUGGGGUUUGGGGUUUGCUUCCUGCUCUUGAUUGGCGGUAGCGUGACUAUGGGUGUGAUCUGCAUCGGCAUUGCUCUCUUCCAGACCUUCUCCAUUCAGGCAGGCCAUAAAGCAGACAAGAACAAAUUCAAUGUUCCCACCAUUGUAGUAGAGGAUGCCCAGGGUAAGCGUAGAUCCUCCAUCGAUGGGUCAGAACCUCUCAAGACUUCGCUGCAGAUCACGUAUCUGAUCAGCGGAAUUGUCUUCAUCUAUGACUUCCUCACAGGCUUCCCCAUACUGGUAGUGAGUUUUGCCAGCCUGAAGUUUGAGCGGUCUUACAACUGGAUGGUUCUGUGUGUGCUCUGGUGCUCCAUUGUGCAGUCCAUCUUGCUGCCCAUGUUCCUGUGGGCCUGUGAUCGCUAUCGGGCCGACAUCCGCAUGGUGUGGGACAAGUGCGUGGCCAUCAUGUCCAACGAUGAGGUGGACGAGGAAAACAGCCAAGAUGGAGGAAAUCAUGUCGACUUAAUAUAUGACAGACCAUAUGACUAUAGCUCUGCGCCUGAAAUCGUGACCGUAGACCGUAAUGCCAAGUAUGAGUUCUCAACCUUAGAAAGGGGGGUCCCGCAAGGGUAUCCAGUGAGGGAACAGCAGGAAGAUAAAAUGCAGUAUUUGCAGGUGCCCCCUACAAGAAGAUACUCCCACGACGAAACCGACAUGUGGACCAGCGACCGGAUCCCCCCCUCCUACCUCCAGCGGUGGGGCUCCAGCGAGGACAUGAUAGUGAGUGGCCACUACAGCUCCACCUUACCGCGCCGCGAGAGGCGCAGGAACAGUCUGGUCUCCUUCCCCGAGGAGAGCCACCACCAUCACCACCAUCACCAUCAUCACCGGCACCUCCAUCGCAAGCGGCGACGCUCUGAGGACACGCACUCCCUCAAGCACCUGCCGCGUGUGGUAUGCGGCGCCUACGACUAUCACGAUGAUGACCUGCGCUGCUUCAGCCGCGACGAGGUCAUCAACUUUAUUGAUGAGACGCCACUGCCGAGCCCCAGGAAGAGCCCGCGACGAGCGUCCUGCACAGUCGCUCUCAUCCCCAGCGUGUAUGAGCGUCACGCCGUCAUCCUGCCUCACUUUCCGCUCACAGACUUUGAACGUGAACCUCAAGCGCUCCGGCGCCUCUCAGAACACAAAAGCUCUCCCGACGGUAUUGGUGGUCAUAGGAGCUCCCUGAAAGAGGGUCGGCAGGCGGGCUCGCCCGCAGCGGUGACUCAGCGGACUCCACCUGGUUGUAGGUCCAGGAUGGCUGCAGCGGCCGACUGGGCCCAGCACAAGCAGCCAAGCUUGGGGGAGAGUGAUAAGGGAGGCACAAACAGUUUUGUAAGCACACUAUCAGCAUCUUCUUCGGGAUAUAUGUCUGUUCACCCGGAUUCUGUUGGCUCCGCUUCCUAAAAUGACAACAACUAACACAGCAGCACUCCUCCAAAAUUGUGAAACUUGAGAUUUUCAUCAUGUUUGGAAACGAGCCUUUAUCUCUGUUCGGUUGAACCCUCCUGUUAUGCAUGUUUCUUUGUUCAAAUGUAAUUGUGACACACUGCAUGUUUAGAUGCACCCGCCCCCCCAAAAAAGAAAUUAAUUUAUUCAUGCAGAAAUUAAAUCAAUGCAUGGGCCUACAUCAUACACGUUACAAGAAUCCCUGCAAAUUGAUACAGUGUAUCACAAAGGUGCGUACACCCCGUACUCACUUUUGUGAUACACUGUAUUUGUCUUAAUAUUUCAAUGAACUUUUAGAAUACACAGCAGCAAGCACACCACGAAACAAAAAUGUCCUAAAAUACUGACUUCUCUAUAUUUACUCUUAGUGUACUCAAUGUGGCGUAUAUGGGGAAAAUAUUUCCCUCUUGUAUUAUAUAUAUUCCAAGCUUAUAAAAAUACAAAUGCACAUUUUUUUUUUUUUUUUCUUCUUUGAUGUACAGUAUAUACAAGCUCUUUCCCCCGUAAUGCAGUGGUAUCAAAAUGGCUCUUAGGGCACAUUAUUUCCUUUAUGGGGCCAGUUACAUGUAAUUCACAAGGAGGUGGAGCUAAAAAAAAAUGACAUUUCAAUUAUUCUUGGGUUUAAAUUUCCAAUUUGAUUGACUUUUAGUGUGUUUGUAUUGCACUAAUAUUCACAUUCCAGGAAUGAGUUAGUUGCUAAAUGUUCAGCCAAAAUCAUCUCGCUAGCCAAAAAGCCCCUUAGCCACAAGCUGAGCUGCACUGUAUUUGUUUCCCGACAAGUCGUGUGAAUUGUGAGGUGGUUACACUAUUUUCCCAUUACCUCAUUUGGUCGGUGUGUAUUGGAAGCUAAAUGCCCUCCCAAUCAUGUAUUACAGGCUGAUUGGUCAACCAUUUGAUCGUUGCUAUUUUUAUUCAAAACUAGCUUUGAACAGAAGUGGAGGAAGCAGGCACAAAAAAUAUAUGAAGGGCUCACGGCCCUUAAAUUUGAUACAUGCCAUUGUGUGAUCAAAUGAAAAUCAGACAGCAAACCAUGUCAGUGUGUUAAAUUGCAGUGACAAGAGGCAAUGUUUGCCAGCCUUUAUUAAGCCAAUGCACCACAUGCUGCCUAUAUUGAUUGCAUCUCAUGACACACCACUAAACGAAAAAAUUCCCAAAAGAAUCCUGUCUCAAUUUUCUCAUUGUAAAGUAAUACUUAGUUGGAUGCACAGCAUUCUUCUGUUGUAUGAAUGGCUAAAGGUGGAUAUUGCAUAUACAGGAUUAUGCCCAUGAAGAGCAUCUAAUUGUUCUGCCUGUCAAUAGCACGGUGACAUAAGCUCGACAAAGAUUUGUAUGAGAUAAAUAAUAAUUAUGUUUCAAACAAACGGAUAGAAAUUGGAUAAUUCCCUACGAUUAUGCCAUGACACCUUAUUUGGGAAUCACCGGUUGCUUUGAAUGCCAAAUACAAACUGUCUGCAUAGGUUUUAUCCUGUUUUUCUGUUAUUGCUGCAGUUUUUUACGGUUAUUUUUUAUAUGUAUUGAAUGAAUUGUCCAGUUUAAUCUUUGAAACAACAUAACAGGAGGGUAUUGUGGUUGACAUUUUGAAAUGGUCUUUCUUCACCUUUCACAUUCCCAAAUACUCACUGAAAAAAAAAAUUUGUUCCAGCACUAAAGACAAAUCUUAUUUAAGCUCUUUGAUGUUGUUAACUGUAAAAUGCGGAUUAUAUACUUUAUUAUUGAGGGGUUGGACAAUAUGGAUAUUUUUUCCCUCUUGUACAGCAGCUUUUGUUUCCUGAUGAGUUCAUUUUUUUGCUGUUCAUAAGCGUGGACCAAUGCAUUCACCAUACAUAUUUUUUCCUAAAUGAUGUAUGUCGUGGUUCCCCAGCUGUAUAAUUUUAAAGUUAAGAUUAGUUGUCCCAAACUCUGCCUUGGAUGCCCGAAUUGAAGAUGAAGUCAAGUUUGGAAGACACUUCCAUUCAAAGCGGGAAAUUAUAUUUAAAAUGUGUUGCUAUUGACCACUAAUAAAUCAUUUCUAUGUAAAAAAAAAAAAAAAAAAAAAAAAAAAAAAGAGAGAAAAUGAUUAAAAAGAGUAAAGUCAAGAGAUCAAAAGAUGACUAAAUGUAGCAUCACUUUAAGAGUAAGAUUAUACUUACAUUGCAACGGGUGAAAAAAAAUGGAAACAAUACUUGUAUGUUUUUUCAAGUGAAUAUUUAAAAAUAAUUGUUAGGCUAACUUAUCAAAAAUGAGUGCUGGCUUAGAAGUUAGAUAACAUUUAUGCAAACCUUAAAUGAAAAUUUAAUGAGUACAUAAAAAUACUAUCCAAUAUUUGCACAUUUGUUCAUCUGCUUCAAUCAUGAGUUGUCUUAUUCAAUGCUUUCUUAAUUCUUACAUAUUAGUGCAUGUGUGCCAUUGCAUUAUCAUCAAAUCACAUUCCCCUUUCAUUGAUCUUUGACUUUCUACUGUAUUUACAAUUUGCAUAUAUAAUUUUGUAACAUAUUAAACGAUGAGUCAAAGAAUGAUGUUUAAUUGUUGACGGCUUUGUUUAAAAAAAGGAUGUGACUGAUUAAAUUUUACAACAUUAUUUAAGUGUGGUUGCAUCCUUUCCCUAUUACAUAGCCUACCCCAUUAAAUUGGGGUUUGAAGACAAAUUCUUGCAGCCAGUUUCUUGUUUAAGGGCCAUGUUUCAGAGCCAUAGAGGAGAAAAGAAAGUACGGUGGUGUUGUAAAUACGGAGCUUCGUCUUCCGUGAGAUGGCUUGGUGCCGCCAGAGUGUGGUGUCCAGAGAGACUGCAGGGCAGAGGCUGCAAGGGCUCUCCAGCGGAGAACCUCUGAUUUAAGAUUCCCAUUAUCGGUCACCGUGGACCCCAGAUAAACAAAGCUCUUCACAGGCUCUACGGUGUCAUCACCAGGCAGAAUGGGGGGUGGAUCAGGUCCCUCAUCGAAAUGCAUAAAUUUGGUCUUGGUCCAGCUCACGUGUAGACCAAGCUUUUCUGCCUCUCCACUGUAUAUACUCAGACCAACUCUCAGCUGGUUGUAGGAGCAAGAUGGUGACGUCGGCUUUGACAGCAGGGCUCUAAGGACCAUCGAGAACAUCAGGUGGCCCCAGCAAAUCUCCAACGAAACCCUGCGAGCCCGGACUAAUCAGCUCAGAGCCUCCCACCUGGCCACACAGCGCCGCAUCCGCUGGCUUGGCCAUGUUCUCAGUCUUCUUCCUGACCACCCGACAAGAGCCAUCCUGGAGUUUGACCCAAAGGUUGCAGGCUGGAGACGACCACGAGGAAAGCCCCACACUCGAUGGCUUAACACCAUCGCGGACGACCUCCAACAACAUGGAGUUAUCUUGAAGGAUGCAAAUGUGCUGGCUCAAGACCGCCAGUACUGGAGGGGCCUAGCUCACCUGGUCAGCUCUAUGCAAUGGGAUGAGAAACCAGCCCCAACGCAAGAACCAUGAUGAUGAUGAUGAUUGAAGACAAAAUGAUUUCAAAUUAGGCCAUAUUCUCAUGUUGAAACAUCAUCAUCUUUCAUCUAUUGAAUAACUUUUCGCGGAGGUAAAUUCAGGAAGUCGGGUUUUCUUUGUGAGGAUUAGGGCUGAGAGGACUCAGCUCACCGAGCAAACAAAAACAUCCCACGUCCAAGUGGGCCACAAAGGGCGUGUGAGUGAAGGAUUUUCCUCACAGCAAGGUGCCAUCAUGCAGUGCAGCAGAGCUCCUCUACAAAGGCACACAUGCACAUUUUAGACACCUGUACUGACAAAAUAAUGACAGAAAUCUCCAAACAUAUGCAGGAAGCAUGUGGAAGAAAUUCAAUGGGACUAUUUUUUAAAAAAAUUUUGAAUAUCACAAAAACAUGCGUGGUAGGAUGAUUGAACACUCUAAAUUGUCCGUAGGUAUGAGUGUGUGCGUGAAUGGUUUAAUGUCUUAUUGUGCCCUGUGAUUGGCUGGCAACCAGUUCAGCGUGUAUCCCGCCGACUGCCCGUAGUUAGCUGGGAUAGGCCCCAGCACUUCCACGACCCUCGUGAGGAAAAGCGGCAUGGAAAAUGAAUGAAUAUAUAGUAUUAUUUGAGCCAUACGCAUAGAUUAAGGCAGGGCUGGGGGCAUAGCCCCCCCCCGUGGCAUAAAAUGUCAUUCCAUAUAAUUGA